UCUUGACUUAUUGUCAGUCCAUUUUUAAAUUUUUAAAAAUUCAUAUUUUAUUCGAAAUGUAUUUUUGCAAACUAAUCUUCACCACUGCCUUACUUUUAUUGACUGUGGCUGAAUCUUUGGAUACUACCGCAAGUUCUACAUCCCAAUGUUGUUGCAAAGUCUGUAAAUGUGAUGCAAGAGAAGAAAAGAAUCUGCCUGACCCCUAUCUUGAGAGAUUGCUAAGAGAACGAAGAAAAUCCAUCGGUGAGCUACUGGCCAGCUUGCGAACAUCUAACACUCAACCACAAGCUGAUCAAUGGAACAGUGAAUCAAAUAUGAAUUCUCAACAAGUGGAAGGAAAUAUUGCUGAGAAUGCUGAACUUGAGGCAGAGCAUCAUGAUGAGCCACAAUAUGGUGAAGCAUCUGAAUUGGAGAUAGAUGCGAAUAGCGUUGACAUUAUUAAGACUCCCAUGGAGGUUAUGAAGAAGCAGCCAAAAACGGAAAGAAAAAUAAAUCAACCUCUAAGACCUUCCCCAGAAGCUAAAGGCUAUCAGCAAAACUCUUUGGCAAAUGAAAAUUCGGACUAUGAUGAAUUUAGAGGUCGUAUUUUCCGACGUCGCAAACAUCGAAAUAGAAAUCGAAACCGCAAUAAAAAUAGCAAAAAUUCAAAAAAAUCACCAAUUAUCACUAAGAGGAAAAGUAUGCUCCCUAAUGAAGUUGCAAGCAAAAUGGAGUCAGAAGAUAAUUUUGACAAUCAUAUUCACAGUCGUGAAUCUGAUCAUAAUUGGUCUAGUGUAAGCAGAAAACUUGUCAGCGAUGAAUUGGGCUCUGCUAGAAGAAGAAGGGCUGCGUUUGAGAACCAAUUGGAAAUGAAAACAGUGGGGAAUGGGGAACAAGAUGAGUAUCGUAGAAAGAUUGCGUUGCACUUUCGCAAUGAAAUUCUCCAGUGUAAAGCGUUUUCAAGUCUAGAGGACUUUCUAAAUUCUUUACCAAAAAAUGAAACAUCAAAUGUUAAGAGAGAAGAAGAAACAGAAGAAAUUAAUGAAGAGUUUAGCACAAGGAAUAUUCAUGAGUUUAUAACAGAAAAUCCAGAAUUCCAUAUCACAACCAAGAGAUCAAAUAACACCUUAAGCAAGUCACAUGAAGAACUCGAUGUGCCACCUACAAAGUGGCCAUCAACUAAUGAUUCCCAUAAUGAUGAUGAUUAUGAGGAUGAAGAGGAAUACUAUGAAGAUAUUGAUUUUGGUAAUACAACAGCAACAGAUGCUUCAAAGAUUGAUCCAGAGACCAUUACAAAAGAUUUGCCAGUUGUUUCUAAGGACUCCUUUAUGUCCGACAGAGAAAAGAAUUACAAACUUAAUAUAAGCAUUAAUGCUAAGGUCAAUGGUAAUACUACGAAUAAGAUGUUCUAUGGAAAUGGUUCGCUUUGUAUUAACCCUGCCUAUGAAGGUGAUCGUUCCGCACAACAUUCCGAUUUGGCAUCAUUAGAGCAUGGAGAGGAGUAUAGUAGUUUUGUAGACAAUAUGAAGACAAAGCAAAGCAACCCUAAGGAGAAUGCAAAUCCUCUUGAUGUUAGCCCUGACAAAUUAUCCUCAAAUAUUGUGGAGAAAGUAUUUCAAUCAGUGCGUGAUCAUCCACAGCUGAAAGUCCUAUGGCCAAGUUUGAAGAACAAUCAGCUUCCAGAAAGAACACAAAUGCCUCGCUUCAAUGCUCUGAGGAAUCAGGAUAAUGAGCAGCAUAUACAACACAGUGAACAGCUGAUGAGGGAAGCUCUGAAUAUUUUGAAUAAUGCCAUAGAUCAAAAAUUGCAUAGCAAAUCUUGUGUUCCUUUGAGUUCAGAUUUAAGGGAAUUCUACAAUCUCAUAUUGCGUACUAAUGAAGAACAAAGGCGUGAACGUGAAAAAAGACAGACUGAAAGGGGAAAAUUAAGAAAGGAGGAUGGUGAAAACAGUAAAAUAUAUAACAAUGGUAAAGUUCUUAAUAAAGAUGAUGGCCAAUGGAAAGAAAACUCCUUAAUGGACUUGCAAAAUGAGGAUGGCGUCGAUGCUAAGCUUAGAAGAGAGCUUUUGAAUCGAAAAUAUUUGGGAACUAAUCUAAAUGACCUUGAGCUGCUGGAACAGUUGUACUCUCCAGAAUUUUCCAAGCUGCUUAAGGCAUGCGAACUCUAUCGCGAAAUAAGCAAAGUUUUUGGAAGAAAGGAAAACUUAAAUUUGUGAUCUGGCAAAUAUUUUUUUAA